CCUAUGAGUUUGGCUGUGCCACCGGUGGUCAAUGUGUUCCUCAGGCCUGGCGUUGUGAUAGGGAAACAGACUGCAUGGACGGUAGUGAUGAGCAGCAGUGUACUGCUCCCUGUGGACCUGGCCAGGUGCCCUGCCACAGUGGGGACCAAUGUAUUGACCAACAGCAUCUCUGUGAUGGGACCUUACAUUGCAGGGAUGCCUCGGAUGAGAGCAUAGACAACUGUGGCUCUACCUGGAUACCUCCCUGUCCAGGCAGCUUCCCAUGUGACAACCGCACUUGUGUGAACAUGACAAAAGUGUGCAACGCCAUCCCAGACUGUCCAAGGGGCGACGAUGAGUUGGUGUGUGAUAAAACUAUCACACCAGUGCCCCCUGGCAGCAGGAACACCACCGUCACCUGCCCCGAAUUCACCUGUAUGGAUGGAUCCUGUAUCCCCUUCUACAUGGUUGGUGCUGAUGCUGGGUUUUUCUGU